AUGCGCCUGCGCCUCAUACUGUGCUCACUUCUCUGGAUGGCGGUGGCCACCGAUGCUGCGAACAUGCGCGCGGCCCAAGUGUCGGGGUAUGGCGAGGACGCCUCCGAGCUGCUUUCCAUAUCCGACACGGUCCCAAGGCCGCAGCUGCCGGCCAAGGGCCGCUUUCUGCUGGUUCGCGUGCAGGCGGCCUCGCUGGCGCCCGGCGACUGCCGCGUCAUGACCGGCAAGACAAGGCUGGUCCAAGGCCCGCCUUCCUUUCCCUACAUCCCCGGCGGAGACCUCUGUGGAACUGUGGUGGAGGUCUCGAAGGGGGAGACGCAGUUCAAGGCCGGCGAUCCGGUUGUCGCCAUGUUCGAUACGGCUGGACCCCGCGGUGCAUUGGCUGAGUACAAGGUGGUCAAGGCCGAGAAUGCCGUGCUGAAGCCGGCCGCGCUGAGCGCCGAGGAUGCGGCGGCUCUGCCGUCGAGCGCGCUGACGGCGAUGCUGCUGUGUGAGAGGCACGUUCGGUCGGGCGACCGCGUGCUGGUCCUUGGUGGAGGAGGCGGCGUUGGAUGCCACCUGGUACAGCUGUUGAAACCACACGGGGCGAGCUAUGUCGCGGCGACCUCCACGCAGAAGGAGGACCUGCUGGGUGAGCUGGGCGUCGACCGAGUCAUCGACCGAACCAAGGAGAACUGGUGGGAGAUAGCGGAGUUCAAAGACACUCCCUUCGACCUGGUGGUAGACCUCUACGGCACGCGUGAGCCGUGGAAUCGGGCCGCCAGCUCCGGCGUCGUGAAGUCUGGUCGCCUGGGCGGCCGCUUCGUGACGACGGUGGGCGACACGCCGUACAUGAAAUUCCGCCAUUGGUGGCACAUCUUCCCGCUCAUGUACGACAUGACAGCCCGAAGUCUGUGGACCGGCAUCUUCCGCUCGAAGCCCCGGUGGUCGUACCACCUCGGCCUGGAGCCCAAGGACCUCGCGCGGCUGCUGCGCCGCGUCGAGGCCGGCGAGCUGCGGGCGGUGCUGGAUUCGACCCACCAGUUCGACCUACAGGGCUUGCAGGAGGCGUUUCGAAUUCAGAAGAGCCGUCGUGCCCACGGCAAGGUGGUGAUCGUAGUCGCGAAGGAGUAG